UCUGGAGGUAAAAAUAUAUUAGUCGAAUUAUUGCCCCGCAAUUUGGAAUGAUACCAAAAUGUGUACCUUUAUCCUAGCAUUUCAGGCAAUUUCAAUGAUUUUAUUUAGCACCAUGGCAAGCAUAAAAGGAAUUAUGUGCCAGUUCAAAUAUUUUGUGCGACUACAAAAGAUUAUCAUAGAAGAAGAAGCAAUGCUUCUAGCAUGGAAUGACCAGAAAACGAAAGAAAUAUACACGAAACAUACAAAAUAUAGUAAAAAACUUUCGAAAUUUUUUUUACUAGCUGCAGGUUUGGCGGCAUCGGUUCUAGUAGAAAUGGGAUGCACAAAUAGUUACAAAGUUUACAAAAUGGAAAAACGCGUAAAUGUGUCACUCGAAAAACCACUGCCCCUUAAAUUAUGGUAUCCGUGGGACAAGAAUAGGUACCAUAUUUUGACGAUCAUGAGUCAAUUUCUUGACAUAGCUGUGACUGCCUUUUAUGUAGCUGUCGCGCAAAUAUUUACUACCACAUUACUUAUUUUCCUAAGAGCAAAACUUCAAAUAAUGCAGCACCAAUUUCGCAAUUUUGAUAGGAACUUCAAUAAUCGCGACAUUAUAACCAAUGGAGUAGAAACUGUACGAAUGCUAUGCGUAAAACAUCAAAAUCUAAUUGAAUUAAUAAAUUCAGUCAAUGAGGCGCUGAGAAAUAUAAUUUUCGUCGAAUUCAGUAUGUCAUCAGUAAUGUUUGCGGCAGGAAUAUUGCAAGUUAUAGCGGGACAGGAUUUGCUUCUCAAUAUUGAAUUCUCCAUUUCGAUGAUCAGCUUUUUGAUGCUCCUUGCUUGGAAUGCCAAUGAAAUUAGGGAGCAGAGUUCCAAGUUAGCAAUGGCAUUGUAUGAAAGUAAAUGGUACGAACAAAAACAUAAUACAAAAGCAAUUAUACACUUUAUGAUAAUAGGAUGCCAGAAACCGUUGAGUAUCAAUAUUGGACCGCUCGGUCCCAUCACAGUGGAUGCCGCUAUGUCUCGAAUUAGAUUAGCAUAUUCGUAUAGUUCAGUUAUGUCAGGAGAGAAAUAGAAGACAAUUUUCUAGUCACAAAAAUACGAAUGUUUUGUUUCGUAUUAGUAAUAAAAUUUAUUGAAUACCCAUGGCUUUAUCUCUUCUGGUUCAGUACUUUUUUUAUUAUCUCUACUUGAAUGGAAAACCUACCAAUACUGCAGCAAAUCUUACAAGUUAUAAUAGAGAGAAAAAAACCUUGUUUUCAAUAAACUAACCAACCAGUGCAAUAAAUGGCAAUCUAUGGAUUUCAUGCAUAAUUGGGUAUUUUAAAGUAGGAGGUGAAAGAAAAAAAUUUUUUCGUGGUUUAUAAAUCAAAUUUGUAUUCACUCUUUAAGAGAUUUUUUUUAUUUUUUUUAAUACAUAAUUUUUAUAUAUACAGGAUCAUUAUUUUGUUGUCUGCUGACACUAUGU